CCCAUAGUUAAGCAUUUUUGGCUCCAGCUUGUUGCAAAGAAACAAGAGUGCAUACCUCAGUUUAGCUCCAGGAGUCCAAAGUUAGGGAUAAUGCCAUCAAUCCCCACCAGCACACUAAGACCAUGAAGUCUGUGAUGCAUCUUACUCCUUGCUAAUGGCUCUUCAUAGAGUGGAAGUUGGAAAGAUGGCAUAAAGUGAGAUUAUAAAUCCAUGCCGUACCUUGGUGAAUAUACUGAAAUAUUCAAGAUGGGUAGCAACAGUAACAGCAAUACUGAGAUUAACUGCAAUGUCACUAAUAUGAAAUUUCAGUACACUCUCUACGCAACCACCUAUAUCAUCAUAUUCAUCCCCGGUCUUCUGGCCAACAGUGCAGCUUUGUGGGUUCUGUGCCGCUUCAUUGGAAAGAAAAACAAAGCCAUCAUUUUCAUGAUCAACCUCUCUGUGGCUGACCUUGCUCACGUGCUGUCCUUACCCCUACGGAUUUACUAUUAUGUCAAUCACCACUGGCCUUUCCAGAGGGCCCUUUGCCUGCUGUGCUUUUAUCUGAAGUAUCUCAACAUGUAUGCCAGCAUUUGCUUCCUGACAUGCAUCAGCCUUCAGAGGUGUUUCUUUUUGCUCAAGCCAUUCAGAGCCCGAAACUGGAAGCGUAGAUACGAUGUGGGCAUCAGUGCUGCCAUCUGGAUCAUCGUGGGCACUGCUUGUUUGCCAUUUCCCAUCCUCAGAAGCACGAAUUUGGGCAACAGCACUGACUCCUGCUUUGCUGAUCUUGGCUACAAGCAAAUGAAUGCAGUGGUGUUGGUCACAAUGAUUACAAUGGCUGAACUUGCUGGAUUUGUGGUUCCAGUGAUCAUUAUUGCAUUUUGUACCUGGAAAACCAUUAUAUCCUUAAGAGAACCACUGAUGGCUUUUCAAAGGGUCGGCGAGAAGCAAAAAGCACUCCGGAUGGUUUUCAUGUGUGCUGCAGUCUUCUUUAUCUGCUUCACUCCGUAUCAUAUUAACUUUAUUUUUUAUACCAUGGUAAAGGAAACUAUCAUUAACAGUUGUUCUAUUGUCAGAAGUACACUGUAUUUCCAUCCUUUUAGCCUUUGCCUUGCAAGCCUCUGCUGCCUUUUUGAUCCAAUUCUUUAUUACUUCAUGGCUUCAGAGUUUCGUGACCAACUUUCUCGCCAUGGCAGCUCUGUGACCCGUUCUCGUCUCAUGAGUAGGGAGAGUGGCUCAUCAAUGAAUAGCUAAAAAUAAAAUAUCCUUUUAAUUAUGAUUUUGUAUACCUGUAUUGUCUUUUUCUAAAGGCCAGAAUUACUAGCCAGAUAAAUUCCUUAAUUGAAUCUCUGAAACAAUAGAAUAUUUUCUUUUAUGACAAUGUGGUCACAAGAAUAGUGAAGACAGAGUAUGAAAAAAGUGUGAUGAGAAUGAAAGUUACAAUUUACCUAUUUGCUUUUUAAAAUUUUAAGGCAUCCUAUUAGUUAAGAGUGCUGCGAUCAUGCUGGUAGAUUAGCUCAGGUUGGUUCUUGUAUUCUUCAUGGUCCUGCCUGAGUACAAGUUUCGACAGAAGUUUUUAACCAAAUAGAAGUUGGCUACUUUAGAUUAAAAAUUUAUUCAGUAAAUUUCAUAUUGCUAAUAUGAUAAAAUCAAUUCAGGGAUCUUUUAUAACAAGUAAAAUUAUAUCUCAUUCAUAAAACCUUCGUUUUUCAAUAGAAGUAUCUAGCGUAAGAAAUAAAAAUGAAAUGAAACCAAUGGAAGAAUGAAAGCAAAGUAUACGUAGGUUUCCAGAUUAAAACCUUAUCAAUGAGUUUAUGUAAAUUUAUUCAUUCAUUGAAAAUGUGUUGCUAUUGUAUUCUUGAGUGUCAUUUUGCUAGUUCCUUUCAUAUAUAUGUAUUAUUUUGUCCUCCAAUACGAAUGUUCUCAUGUGGAAAUGAAUAAAGUAGAAUACAGUAAAAUGAAUCAAUGAGAUCUCAGCAAAGUAAAGCAUCCUACAUUGGGAUAAAUAUCUGCAGAACAAAAUUUGCCAAGGGUAUAUCCCAUACACAGAAAUUAUUUCCUUUGACUGUAUAGCUUAACAAAUCAUCCAGAUUGCUUUAAAAUAUUGCAAUGAAUAGUAGUUUUAACACAUAAUUGUCACAGA